UGCACUAUUUGGCUCUGUUAUUAAAUACUUAUCAAAUCAUCCAAAAUGUCCAAGAACCAUUGCAUCCACACAUUAUCAUGGUAAGUGGCAUUUAUAAUUAUAUUUUUUUUUGAAAAGCAUACCCUAACAUGAAAGAAAAGAAAUAUUCAAAACUAAUAUUAUAGACAAAAUCAGCGGUUUGCAUCAUUAUCAAAUGGAAAUUAUAUUCUCGUUAGAAUUAGACGAAUUCCAUAAUCCUGGAAAUAACAUAACUUAUUUGUAUAAAAUCAGAGAAGGAAUUGUGCAAAGCAGCUUUGGAAUCUACUGUGCAAAAAUGUGUGGUAUUAAACAUUCUAUCAUUAAAAGAGCAGAACAAUUGCUUGAUAUUAUUGAAAAAGGUGAGGAUCCUGUAAUCGCCUGUUCAACAUUAACAGAAAGUGA